UCAAAUUCGUCAAACAUGUCGAUUGGGUCGUUGUUCAGCUCUCCUCAAGUUACCGCUAAAAUCUCCCCGGCGACCGACAGCCGAACAAACCCUAACCGGAGCCUCAACUUCGCGAAUUUGCAGAGAGGCCCCUCCAGAACUAGAAAUUUAAGCAUCGGGAUCGGGAAUGGAGGAUUGGGACAAACUAAUCCCCAUGGAGUUGGCGACAGAGAUGGCGUCAUCAUCGUCGACCAUGGCUCACGCCGUAAGGAAUCCAACCUCAUGCUAAAUGAGUUUGUGGACAUGUUUAGGGAGAGAACUGGGUAUGCUAUAGUGGAGCCUGCUCAUAUGGAGUUGGCAGAACCUUCAAUUCAAGACGCGUUCAAUUCGUGUGUUGAACAAGGUGCCAAUCGUGUUAUCGUUAGCCCGUUUUUCCUCCUACCAGGAAGACAUUGGAACAAGGACAUUCCAUCCCUGACAGCUGAAGCUGCAAAGGAGCAUCCUGGUGUGUCAUAUAUGGUGACUGCGCCUCUAGGCCUCCACCCACUACUUGUGGAUGUUAUGAAUGACAGAAUCAAUCACUGCUUGAGCCAUGUUGCUGGAGAUGCAGCUGAGUGUGCAGUUUGUGUUGGAACAGGCAAAUGCCAGGUCCAUUGAUACAUGCAAAUGCCAGCUCCAUUGAUUCAUGCAAAUUCAUACCAAAACAGUAUGGGGUAAAGGCACCAUUUCAGUUUCGGAACCAAGUGAUUUUGCAACUUGGAUAGCCAUAUAUAGAAGGCAUCAGGCGGCUGUUGUGGCUUUACCACGAUUCAUGCAGCCAACUCAAAUAGUUGGGACAAGGCUUUAUUGCGAAUGUUGUAGAAUUGCCCUAGUUGUAACUGGAUACUGAUGGUCCGAAUUGGACUUGUGUAAAUGGCACCUUUGGCACGUUUCUACAAUUGCAAUGAAGCCAACCACAUAGAGCUGUGUAGUUGGCAUGAGAUAUAGACUAGUGGCCAGCUUCAGUGAAGAUUGAAUUGAGGUGGUCUUCACCAUCAACCUUCCAUUUCA